AUGGAUUACGUACCUUUCAGAAUGGAUUUAUCUAUUGGUGAUUGGCUGUAUCAAAAUUCCAAGAUAAUGAAAAAUCUUGCACCACUGAUAAACGCUUCAGCAUCACGCAAUAUGUUUAUUAUUUUACCUAAUCUAGGACCGGCUUGUUAUAAUGCUACCCUGUUAACAAAAUUACUUACAAAUAUUAAUAAAAAAAAUAUAGUUGUGGUAACCUCUGAUUUAGGUUUGGAAAUAACUCCAAUAGCGGCUGAAAUUACAGAAAUUCCAUUAAAAAACAUGUUUUGCCCACCGGUAUGGGGAUUUGUUGGAAUUAAUCAUCUUGUAGACAUCAAGAAUAUAGUUCAUAAAUAUAAUGUUUUUGAACCAUUUAAUAGAUAUAUAAAAGUUCAAAGUUCUUCAUUAUGCAUCGGAGUUCUUACACCAGAAUUAAGAACUCUAGAAUAUUUAAUGCAUUUUAAUGAGAGUCUGUGGACAAAAUUAUUAGACACAAAACGAAAAGUUAAGAAUGAAGAAUUGUCGCUGAAUAAAGCCACGGCGGUUUUAAACUUCAUUAAACUCUGGCUUUCAGGCCCUAAUUCAAAUUAUAUUCUAAGUUUGGGCAUAAUAUGCGAUGGAUCUUUUGGAUUAACUUUUAACGGGGUUUUUUCUCAGCCAGUUAGAUAUGUUAAAGGUUAUUGGCAGCCCGCUGCUGAUUUCAUGACACCUAAAGAUCCACAAAUGAAUAUACUAUAUCUAGCACAAUUAGCAGAAAAAAUUAUGUGUUUUAAAAAAAAAGAGCUGCCCGUGAUUGUUCCUUACAAUCCUUGCACAUGUUUACGUAAAAAGGAUAAAGACCAUGAAAAUAUUAGAAAAAAGAAAACAACGUUUUUUAAAGAAGAAUAA